AGCCAGUUUAAGCUCAAGCGCUCAACACUCCGUGCAUUCUGCUUUCAUUUCCUGAGUCCGAACUCAAGAUGGCGUUUGUUCCCCCCGCCGAGCUGGAGCUUGAGAUAGCUAAUCUGGGGCUCGCCGGCAAACAGCCCGCGAGCCCCCAUGCCAAAAAACCAGAGGCACACCCUCACGGUACUCCCAUGUCACAAGCUAGUACAGCCCCGACAACUCCAAACAUGAUGUUUCGUCUUCCCAGCCUGAGCCUGGAGCACGACUUUGACGACGACCAUCACCCCUUCCUCACGAGGCAGCUGUCCAUUCCAGAAGAGCCUGAGGAAGGCGAGCGAGGCGAGCCUGAGAAUUUGGAGGCUGUGCUCCUCAACGUCAAGCAGGCUUACGAGAAGAAGUAUGGCCGUGCAGAGGACGAGGAACCCCGCGCUGAAGGUACCUUGAAGGUUCGUCAGCACACUUCGCAGGAAGCUCUUGAAGGGCUCCUGGAUGAAGUGAAGGACCUCUACCAAAAGAAGUAUGGCUUGCCCGCAGACGACGAUUCCGAGAAAGCCGCCGAUGGACCUGUUUGGAAGGUUGUUCACGGUACUGGGGUGCCAUGUGACGGUCGCAUUAGGCGGCUUGAGCAGAAGCUGGCAGAGGUCAAGCAGCUGUACCAGCAAAAAUAUGGCCAGGAGGCUGACGUCGAGUACGAUGAGGACGGCACUCCCUGGAUCCAGACGACAGGCACGUGCGCUCCCACAGACAUGCGUGUGGAGAGGCUGGAGCAGAUGUUUUCCACCGUGAAGGAGCUGUACUCGCAGAAGUACGGUCGCAGCGUGGACUUGGAGCACGACGCAGAUGGCACAGCCUGGACAGUGACUGAGGGAACCGGUGUGCCUCGUGACUGCCGGGUAGAGCGUCUUGAGCAGAAGCUGGCAGAGGUCAAGCAGCUCUACCUGCAGCAGUAUGGCGAGGAGGUGGAUGAGGAGACGGAUAUCCAGUAUGAUGAGGAGGGCACCCCCUGGAUCCAGACGACAGGCACGUGCGUUCCCACAGACAUGCGCGUGGAGAGGCUGGAGCAGAUGUUGUCCACCGUGAAGGAGCUGUACGCGCAGAAGUACAGUCGCAGCGUGGACUUGGAGUACGACGCAGAUGGCACAGCCUGGACAGUGACUGAGGGAACCGGUGUGCCUCGUGACUGCCGCGUAGAGCGUCUCGAGCAGAAGCUGGCAGAGGUCAAGCAGCUCUACCUGCAGCAGUACGGCGAGGAGGUGGAUGAGGAGACGGAUAUCCAGUAUGAUGAGGAGGGCACCCCCUGGAUCCAGACGACAGGCACGUGCGUUCCCACAGACAUGCGGGUGGAGAGGCUGGAGCAGAUGUUGUCCACCGUGAAGGAGCUGUACUCGCAGAAGUACGGUCGCAGCGCGGACUUGGAGUACGACGCAGAUGGCACAGCCUGGACAGUGACCAAAGGAACCGGUGUGCCUUGUGACUGCCGGGUAGAGCGUCUUGAGCAGAAGCUGGCAGAGGUCAAGCAGCUCUACCAGCAGAAGUACGGCGAGGAGGUGGAUGAGGAGACGGACGUCCAGUAUGAUGAGGAGGGCACCCCCUGGAUCCAGACGACAGGCACGUGCGUUCCCACAGACAUGCGCGUGGAGAGGCUGGAGCAGAUGUUGUCCAACGUGAAGGAGCUGUACUCGCAGAAGUACGGUCGCAGCGUGGACUUGGAGUACGACGCAGAUGGCACAGCCUGGACAGUGACCGAGGGAACCGGUGUGCCUCGUGACUGCCGGGUAGAGCGUCUUGAGCAGAAGCUGGCAGAGGUCAAGCAGCUCUACCUGCAGCAGUACGGCGAGGAGGUGGAUGAGGAGACGGAUGUCCAGUAUGAUGAGGAGGGCACCCCCUGGAUCCAGACGACAGGCACAUGCGUUCCCACAGACAUGCGCGUGGAGAGGCUGGAGCAGAUUUUGUCCACCGUGAAGGAGCUGUACGCGCAGAAAUACGAUCGCAGCGUGGACUUGGAGUACGACGCAGAUGGCACAGCCUGGACAGUGACUGAGGGAACCGGUGUGCCUCGUGACUGCCGGGUAGAGCGUCUUGAGCAGAAGCUCGCAGAGGUCAAGCAGCUCUACCAGCAGAAGUACGGCGAGGAGGUGGAUGAGGAGACGGAUGUCCAGUAUGAUGAGGAGGGCACCCCCUGGAUCCAGACGACAGGCACGUGCGCUCCCACAGACAUGCGUGUGGAGAGGCUGGAGCAGAUGUUGUCCACCGUGAAGGAGCUGUACUCGCAGAAGUACGGUCGCAGCGUGGACUUGGAGUACGACGCAGAUGGCACAGCCUGGACAGUGACUGAGGGAACCGGUGCGCCUCGUGACUGCCGGGUAGAGCGUCUUGAGCAGAAGCUGGCAGAGGUCAAGCAGCUCUACCAGCAGAAGUACGGCGAGGAGGUGGAUGAGGAGACGGAUGUCCAGUAUGAUGAGGAGGGCACGCCCUGGAUCCAGACGACAGGCACGUGCCUUCCCACAGACAUGCGCGUGGAGAGGCUGGAGCAGAUUUUGUCCACCGUGAAGGAGCUGUACGCGCAGAAAUACGAUCGCAGCGUGGACUUGGAGUACGACGCAGAUGGCACAGCCUGGACAGUGACUGAGGGAACCGGUGUGCCUUGUGACUGCCGGGUAGAGCGUCUUGAGCAGAAGCUGGCAGAGGUCAAGCAGCUCUACCAGCAGAAGUACGGCGAGGAGGUGGAUGAGGAGACGGACGUCCAGUAUGAUGAGGAGGGCACCCCCUGGAUCCAGACGACAGGCACGUGCGUUCCCACAGACAUGCGCGUGGAGAGGCUGGAGCAGAUGUUGUCCACCGUGAAGGAGCUGUACUCGCAGAAGUACGGUCGCAGCGUGGACUUGGAGUACGACGCAGAUGGCACAGCCUGGACAGUGACCGAGGGAACCGGUGUGCCUCGUGACUGCCACGUAGAGCGUCUUGAGCAGAAGCUGGCAGAGGUCAAGCAGCUCUACCAGCAGAAGUACGGCGAGGAGGUGGAUGAGGAGACGGAUAUCCAGUAUGAUGAGGAGGGCACCCCCUGGAUCCAGACGACAGGCACGUGCGUUCCCACAGACAUGCGCGUGGAGAGGCUGGAGCAGAUUUUGUCCACCGUGAAGGAGCUGUACUCGCAGAAGUACGGUCGCAGCGUGGACUUGGAGUACGACGCAGAUGGCACAGCCUGGACAGUGACUAAGGGAACCGGUGUGCCUCGUGACUGCCGGGUAGAGCGUCUUGAGCAGAAGCUGGCAGAGGUCAAGCAGCUCUACCAGCAGAAGUAUGGCGAGGAGGUGGAUGAGGAGACGGAUAUCCAGUAUGAUGAGGAGGGCACCCCCUGGAUCCAGACGACAGGCACAUGCGUUCCCGCAGACAUGCGCGUGGAGAGGCUGGAGCAGAUGUUGUCCACCGUGAAGAAGCUGUACUCGCAGAAGUACGGUCGCAGCGUGGACUUGGAGUACGACGCAGAUGGCACAGCCUGGACAGUGACUGAGGGAACCGGUGUGCCUCGUGACUGCCGCGUAGAGCGUCUCGAGCAGAAGCUGGCAGAGGUCAAGCAGCUCUACCAGCAGAAGUACGGCGAGGAGGUGGAUGAGGAGACGGAUAUCCAGUAUGAUGAGGAGGGCACCCCCUGGAUCCAGACGACAGGCACAUGCGUUCCCGCAGACAUGCGCGUGGAGAGGCUGGAGCAGAUGUUGUCCACCGUGAAGAAGCUGUACUCGCAGAAGUACGGUCGCAGCGUGGACUUGGAGUACGACGCAGAUGGCACAGCCUGGACAGUGACUGAGGGAACCGGUGUGCCUCGUGACUGCCGGGUAGAGCGUCUUGAGCAGAAGCUGGCAGAGGUCAAGCAGCUCUACCAGCAGAAGUAUGGUGAGGAGGUGGAACAUGUGGAGUUUGAUACGGAGACGGGGGAUUUCACUUAUGACGGGGACGGCACGCUUUGGAUCAAGACCGCGCCCACAGGUUUGCGUGAAGCGCUGGUGCCUUCUGAGAACGAGCUGGGAGAGAUGCUGCAGGAGGUGAAGGACAUCUAUAUGCAGCGCUUUGGGACCAGGGUGGAGGAGCCGCAGUCCUCGUGGAGCGAUGAGGAUGGCACCCCAUGGAUGGAGUUUGGUGGCCAGCCUGCCAGCAGUCAGGAAAGUUCCUUCGUGGACACCUGCAGCAUGCAGUGAAAGCAGAGCAUGGGAGAGUUUGAAGCGUAUGGAGGAUGCCGACAGGAUGGCAAGACUCAUCCAAGCUUGGAAUGUUUCCUGCCCGGUGAUCCUCUCGGCUUAAGAGGAUAAGCUUUGACCCAACAGAGGGCACAUUUGAAUGCACGUGAUAGACUGCCAAGGCAGUCGAAUUUGACCUAAGCACCCGUUCCAUGUUCCUCCUCUCGCAACAAUAAUGCAUACACAAGCUUUCAUCAUUUUGAGAGGUUGAGCGGGUGUCUUUGAACUUUGAGCAAAGACUGCGCCAUUGAAACCGGACCUUGUGAUUGCCUUUUGCAGGUUGCGUUUCUUCUUUGAGCCUCUCAGUGUACUUGUAGCAGAUUUGUGACUUGGGCAAAUGCCGUUUGUCGAGAAGAUGUUUAGUCACGCAAUCCGGCAACUUCGCUUGACGCCUGCACAGAGGUCCAGUGCCACAGGCGCUGGCCCAAUCCAAACAUCUUGGCGCAGAUCUUGUGGCACGAAAGUCAGACCCGUCUGGCGACUGAUUUAAAGUCCAACGAACCAGGUCCGUUGGCUCCUCAGCCCUGCAGGGGAUCUUUAAAGGUACUUUGUGACCAUCACGCCAGACACAGCUUAUGGCAACUUUUAUCUCAUGUUCGUUGUACCGCUCUAGAUUCGUCAAGAGAGGUUCGGCCGGCGUUUGAACAUUUGAAUCUGCAAAGGCCAACCCGUGCUGAUGGCAUGCUGGACAGUUGACUAGAUGAAUCCAACAUGCUAGCGAUCCCGUCUUAGCCAGCUGCCAUUCGGCCCUUGACGUACCAUCCGUGGUUUGAUUGGGUGGACCCGACCCCGGUCAAACGACGAAACGAGGCUUGCCAGUUUCAAGUUGCCGGCUUCCUAGGCACAGCUCACGGUAUUCAACUAAUCGUGGCUGCAGUCUUGGCAACCAUAUACGGCAGAGAGCAUGAGG